AUGGCGUCCUUGAUAUUCGCAGCAUCAUAUCUGACCUACAACAAAAUCAAGUCGAAGCGAGAGGAGAAGAAGGAGAAGAAGCGCAAAGCAUAUGCUGAUAGAUACCAUGAGCUGGAGAAGGAACAUACAUUUAGUGCGGGAAAGCAAUUGCAGCGACAAAGGACUGGUGACAACAGUAGAGAAGGCACGCUACCAAACUCAUCUAUACAACCGGAAGAGUUGAGACUUAGAAGAAGUAGUGAAAGUGUGCCGAGUGAUGAGGAGAAGACCGACGGUCCAACCGCAUGGGUGAACGACGUUGUCAGGAGGCGGUCAGGAGAAGUGGUGCAAGAUUCCCCAAGGGCUGGUCAUGAAGAUGCAAAAAGGCAGGGUCUCAUCUGA